AUGUCUGCCUCUUCCAGUCGAUCGAUCAACCUCCUGCGUGUCGGAAACCUUCGUGAUGAUGACCCCUGUCCACCUUGCGAUUGUCAAGAUGCAAUAAGCGUGGAAAGGACUGCCUGGACCAACGAUAAUGUAGCUCGCAGGUUUUGGAACUGCAAAAACUCUUUGGUGAGUAUUCCUUUUGUUUACUUACACCACAAAGAAAUGGAUGAGGGUUACUACAAAGAACAACUUCGCAAGAUGAGGUUUGAGCUGAAAAGGAAAGAAGAGUUUAGUGAAGUUUCGAAGAUUCAAAAGAAGUUGGUUAAGCUGCAGCAAGCUAUGGAAGCAGAUAAGCAAGUGUUUGAGACACAGUUGACGGAGUUGAUGAAGCAAAAAAAAAUGUUGAAGUCUGGGAUCUUUGUUAUGGUCAUUGUAGUCAUUGCCAUGUGGUUGAAAUGGCCUUGA